AUGGAGGCCAGAAGUGUCUGCACUCUGCUGCUAGCGGAGUCAGACGCUCACAAUAACACCUCUAGUACCACUAACGAUGCUGACAAAGUCAUAAACACUCAAACAGAUAGUACCCAGUGCGAAGGAGGCAAGAGUGAAGAGGAGCUCCUGAAGGGCCUCCUCACUGAUGACUACUGCCAUGUGUGUGAGGCCGUGCUGCUCUUUGAGUCUCAGCGGCUGUCCCACUAUGAGGGGAAGAAACAUGCUCAGAAAAUCAAAGUGUACCUGCAGACCAAGAGAGGCGAGAAGACUUACGAAGAGCCCACAGGACCCCAGCGGCCCAUGACUACUGAUAAGGACCAUUUCUGUGAGCUGUGUAACAUGGUGUUUAGCUCCCAUGUGGUGGCAAAAUCUCACUAUGAAGGCAAAGUCCAUGCAAAAAAUCUGCGUAAACAAGGCCUUCAGCCCCCAGUUAUCGACAGGUACACAGAGGUGCGGGAUCCUGAUGAUGCUGACCAGAAAUCAGCCCCAGAGGGUGUUACGGAGCAUCAUCUGAACUCAGCAGCCACCACGACUCCCCCCAGCACAGAGGUCGAUCUGAAGGACCCUAACAAGUACUGUUCCAUGUGUGUCGCUUCAUUCAACAAUCCCCAGAUGGCUUUGCAGCACUACAACGGACGCAAGCACCAGAGGAAUCAGGCCCGACAGGAGCUGCUCAAAGAGCUCGGAGACAAAGUCCAACAAGCCGAGUCGCUGAUGUGUCAGAUGUGUAGCGUGCAGUUUAACUCUGUGGAGAUGUACCAGGCCCACAUGCAAGGAACCAAACACCAGAUUAAGGAGAAGAAGGUGGUUGACCUGUGCAAAUCCCAACAAAAAGACUACAACACAUUUGCAGAUGAACUGGCAGAUUACAUUCAGGUUCAGAAGGCUCGAGGAAUCACCUCUAAGGCCGGUCAAGUCCUCCCUCUGGGUGACACGCAAAAGGAGGGCGAGGAAGAUGAAGAAGAGGAAGAGGAAGCAUUUAACAACGUAGAAUUGAACCCACGUAUGCCCAACCUUCCUCCCACCGCUAACCCUCCUCAUCACUCCCGCCCUGGUAGUUACUACCCAGUUGAGGGGUGGCGUCCUCCGUAUCAGGGCCCCCCCUGGCCACCCAAUGACUGGGAUUACAACUGCCCUCCUCCAGUCCUCCCAGGCUCAGACUCUGCACUGUUCACUGGUCAGCCCACAAAGAGGAGGAGGCGCAGAAAGCAGUCGAGCUCCUCCUCGUAUACCACUUCAUCUUACUCCUCCUCCUCCUAUAGCAGCAGCACGAGUGACAAUGAUGACAGCGAAUACCGGCUCAGAGAAAAGAGGAGGAUUAGAAGAUCCAGGAGGGAGAGAGAGAAGAGGAGGAGAGAUGAGGACCCAGACAAGGAGGAGAAGAGGAGGAAGCGACGGAGGAUGGAAAGAGUUAAUGACUCGGAGGAGAGGAGAAGAGGGGAGUCCGGAGAGUCGGAGGAAGAGAGGAGGAGAAAAAAAGGAAAAAGUCACGGCAAGCAGAGAAGACGAGAAAAUAAAUCCCGGGAGGACUUUGAGGUGGAACGAGGGGAAAUAGUGAUGGACAAUUUAAUGCCAGAAGACGUGAUGGACAAUAGAAAAGGGACUGAGGUGCAUAUUCAGGCUGAAAUGAAUGUCGAGCAGGGGGAGGGUGGACAGGACGAGGCAGCCAAACCUAAAUACAGGAAAGAGAAGAAGAAAACAAAAGAGAAGGUUGACGCUAGGACGGAGGAGGAGAAGCUGUGGGACGACUCCAUUCUGGGAUGUUAAACUCUCAGUCUGUUGAACUGCUGACGUUUAAUGAGCAUGACAUUGAAAAUCUCACAAACUGUCUAUAUUAAAAUAAUCUUUAUAGAAGCUAACAAGGCAGUUUUUACCAUCUGCUCCACACAGUGUUGCUCCCCGUAGGUGUGCUAGCUGGCUAGCCAUGUUUAGUCAACUUAUGUUUGUAAUUAAUUGUUUCUCACACAUACACACAACUAUAAUAGCUUUAUUUUUCACUAUGACACUUAAUACUAUCUUUGCUUGAAUUCAUUUGCACAUGUUUACUAAUUGUUGGCUGUAAUAUUUAAGAUCUUUUUUUUUUUCUUCAAGAAGUCCUCUUGACCUCUUAAUACAUCGAUAUGUUUCUGUAUCUGUAUCUUCUGGCAGGGAUCUGAUAGAUUGUGGUCCCUUUAGCAGCCUGCGGUUGGUGCUGUUGAGCUUCAUGCAGAGCAUCAGUAAAGCAAAUAAAAGCCCAGAUGUUAGAAGCUUA